AUGAGGAUAUUGCGGCAAUGGCGAAGGACAAGGCCGAAAACCGGACGCUUCAGUAUCAGCAAACUUUGAUGUAUGGGCGGUACACCCAGGAGCUGGGUGUGUAUGCCAAGGAGGAAGCAGCCCGCCUAAGGGAUGGAGGAGCGCGGGACGGCGGAGGACUGCGGCGGAACACCAGCGUGCGCAGUCGUGCUGCAGAUCUGCUGGAGUAUGAGAAAGACCCCUGUGCAAAGUGCCAAUUGUGUGCGUCUCGCUGCCAGAAGUUCCUGAUCUCGCGGGUGGGCGAGGACUGGAUCUUCCUCAUUCUGCUGGGGCUGCUCAUGGCUCUGGUCAGCUGGGUCAUGGACUACGCCAUCGCCUUCUGCCAAGAAGCACAGAAGUGGAUGUAUGGUGGACUGGACAGUAACAUGCUUCUGCAGUACAUCGCCUGGGUCACCUACCCUGUAGUGCUCAUCACUUUCUCAGCAGGAUUCACACAGAUACUGGCACCUCAGGCUGUGGGUUCAGGUAUUCCUGAGAUGAAGACGAUUCUGAGGGGGGUGGUCUUGAAGGAGUAUCUGACUUUUAAGACGUUUGUGGCCAAAGUCAUUGGCCUGACUUGUGCCCUGGGCAGUGGGAUGCCCCUCGGGAAGGAGGGACCCUUCGUUCAUGUUGCCAGCUUGUGUGCUGCUCUCCUUAGCAAAUUCAUGGCUGCUGUUUUUGGUGGGAUUUACAUGGAAGAGCCCUUUGAGGGAAGCAAGAACGAGUUGAGGAACACAGAGAUGCUGUCGGCUGCGUGUGCAGUGGGUGUGGGCUGCUGCUUUGCUGCCCCUAUUGGAGGGGUGCUGUUUAGUAUUGAGGUAACUUCAACAUUUUUUGCGGUGAGGAACUACUGGAGGGGCUUCUUUGCUGCCACCUUCAGUGCCUUCAUAUUCAGAGUCCUGGCAGUGUGGAAUCAGGAGGAAGAGACCAUCACUGCUCUCUUUAAGACCCGUUUCCGUCUGGACUUCCCAUUUGACCUUCAGGAGCUGCCAGCAUUCGCCAUCCUCGGGAUUGCCUGUGGUUUUGGUGGCGCUCUGUUUGUCUACCUGAACCGGCUGAUUGUAGAGUGCAUGAGGAAACAGAAGACUAUAAACAAGUUCUUGCUGAGGAAGCGUCUGGUGUACCCUGCUCUCGUCACCCUGCUGGUCUCCACUCUCACGUUCCCUCCGGGCUUUGGGCAGUUCAUGGCUGGACAGCUGACACAGCAUGAGUCUCUGGUCGCGCUGUUCGACAACCGUACGUGGUGCCGCCAGGGCGUGGCCGAGGAGUUUGACUACAUCAGCCACCACCAUGCCUGGAAACACCCCCAGGUCAACGUCUUCAUCACACUCAUCCUCUUCAUCAUUAUGAAGUUCUGGAUGUCUGCUGUGGCCACCACCAUGCCUGUUCCAUGUGGGGCCUUCAUGCCAGUUUUCCUUAUUGGUGCAGCAUUUGGCAGACUCGUUGGAGAGAUCAUGGCAGCCAUGUUUCCUGAUGGCAUACAUGCUGAUGGCAGUGUGUAUCCCAUAGUUCCUGGUGGCUAUGCUGUAGUUGGUGCUGCAGCAUUGUCUGGCGCAGUCACUCACACUGUAUCCACAGCGGUCAUAGUGUUUGAGCUGACCGGUCAGAUCUCUCACAUCCUGCCUGUGAUGAUUGCCGUCAUCCUGGCCAAUGCAGUGGCCCAGGCGCUCCAACCAUCUCUCUACGACUCCAUCAUCCGCAUCAAGAAACUUCCUUAUCUGCCUGAGCUGGGCAUGGGACAUCACGAGAAGUAUAAUAUCCGUGUGGAGGACAUCAUGGUCAGGGAUGUGCGCUACAUCACUCUUAACUCUUCCUAUCGGGACCUGCAGGAGAUGCUGCUGACUGGUCAGCUCAAAACACUGGCCCUGGUGGAAUCCAGAGACUCUAUGAUCCUCCUGGGCUCCAUAGAACGAUUGCAGCUCCAGUCUCUGCUCUCUCAUCAGCUGGGGCGCCAGCGGAGGCUGGAGUACCUCCGCCAGCUUGCCCAGGACAACGGCACCCACGAUCACCUGCCUAGCCUGACCACUGACAGCACCCCCAGCUCGCCCUGUGCCCACACCCACAUCAACGCCUCGACCAGCGCUCGCCAAGGGGUCCGCUUCCUGAUCUCCACAGAGGAGUCUUCCUCCUUCAGCCCUGUGGUCACCAAUGUUCAGCUUCCUCUGAAAUCUGCCUUGAAAACUGUGUCUGCCAUCAGCGACACAGAGACGCCAAAUAGCUCUCAGACGCUCUCCAGUGCUGAACAAGACAAGGAGCUGCUGGAGAGCCCGGCUGGGCCGGCUCCUCCUGAAAAAAGAAAGCCCAAGCCCAAACGAGUGAGGAUCUCCAUGGCGGACUCUACUGAAGUGGAAGAUUGCAUGACACCAUCAGAGAUAGCAGAGUGGGAGGAGCAGCAGCUCGAUGAACCGGUGGAUUUCAAGAACUGCAAGAUUGAUCCUGCGCCCUUCCAGCUGGUGGAGCAGACAUCUCUACAUAAGACUCACACUAUCUUCUCUCUGCUGGGUCUGGAUCACGCCUAUGUGACCAGCAUGGGACGUCUGGUUGGAGUGGUCUCGCUCAAAGAGUUGCGUAAGGCCAUCGAGGGCUCAGUGACAGUGACUGGAGUGAAAGUGCGCCCUCCUCUGGCCAGUUUCCGUGACAGUGGGAACAGCACAAACGUAUCCGAGGUAACUGAACUACACAAGCUGUGCAUCCGUCACAGGGGGCUCUCGUUGCCACGGGAACCCAACCUUCCUGACGUGGAGGACCAGCCUGAUCUCCCAUACAAAGAGAUCCCUAUCAACUUCUCGGACCAAACCAAUUUGCAGUUUGAAACCAGCCCCAGUGACAUCACAAAUCAGUCGUCGGAGUUGGUGCUCCAGGAAAGCCCCUCGUUCACCGAGGACCAAUCAGAGUUUACUUUUGACUGCAGUCCCUCCCACACUGAGGAAUCAGAGCUGGCCUGUGACUAUGACCCCCCCACCCAAACUCCUGAGUCGGAUGAAACAGAGCAAGAACAGGGCCGUCCAUCUCUAAACAAGGACCAAUCAGAACCUGCGGGAGAGGGUAGCCCCGCCAACAUUGAGGAUCAAUCAGAAUGAUCAGAUCCAUACUGUCGCCUCAUGAAGGAUGGCGUUUCUUACGUUUGUAGGGGUCACACUCACCUCCAAGACCAGCCUAAAUACCUGAGUUUCUAACGUUGUUGUGGUCUGAGUGAGCGAGUGAGAGUGAGCAUGAGUAGAUGUGACAUUUAGUAUUGUGUUUCAAACUGUGUUGAUGCCUGUUUUAAAGGAUAAAUCCAGUUUUAUUCUACAUUUUUUAUUACUGUCAACAAAUCCUGUGAAAAGACAAAAAGCAACGAUGGGUUUGUCUGUCUACUAACACUUUCUGACAUCCCUGCCAUGCCUGUGGCUCUCAGCCCCAAGCUCAUUCGUUCCUAUUGAAGACGUGAACCUUUGAACUCGGCUUGGUCUGAAGACUAAAAGUUUGAAAAUGAAAACAAUCGGAGGGUGUGGAGUCAGAAAAUAGUGAGUUCACCAGACCUGUUCUAGCCCGCUCCUCAUCUCUGCUUGAGGCUAGCAGCGCAAGGCUACAUUAGCCGCUACUAGCAUAACACACCCGAAACUUCGACCAGAUUGUCGAUGGUCGAGGUGUGUCGCGGGUAAUGUAGGUGCCAGGUUUUGACAAGGAAGACGAAUGUGUGGAAUGAAAAAGACAGCAACUCUGGUUCUGCUGCACCAAUUUUGAACAUUUUGCUCUUAAACUGUCCAUCAUGAGUUUACCAGUGUUGAAGGAGUGUAAUGUUAAAUUGUUGGAAUACCCUUUUAAAAAACAAGUAACAACCAGAGACCAUCUUGCGAUGGGAUCAACCCAGCCGCGACGCCUGUCAACAUGUUGAUGUUCAGACACAUGAAUACUCAGAAGUCAUUACUGUUAUUACAUGAGUUGGGCAGCUCAGGAGGUAGAGCGGAGUGUCCACUAACUAGGUCGGUGGUUUGAUUCCUGGCUCCUCCGCAUGUUGAGCUGUCCUUGAGCAAAAUACUGAACUCCAAAUUGCCCCUGAUGGCUGUGCACGCGUGAGUGUGUAUGAAUGAUAUGUAUGAAUGUGUGUGUGUGUGUGUGUGUGUGUGUGUGUGUCAAUGGGCGAAUGGUAUGUAGUGUAAAGCGCUUUGAGUGGUCAAUAAGACUAGAAAAGUUCAGUCCAUUUGCUCAGCAUUCAUUGGUCGGACCUCGCCCAUCUUAAGUACACACCUGUAAGUUUUGGAACUGCAUCUUGCACGUUUGUGACGCUAUCACGGUGACGAUUUCUGUCCACAGACAGAGAGACAGAGAGACACCUCCCAAAGUACUCAAAACCACAUCUGUGGUACUUCCUGCUACGGUAGGUGUCUCCAGGACCACAUUUUGCCAUGAUGACACACACACACACACACACAAACUCACAGACCCACAUCUUUGUUUUACUAUAUUUGUGUCAACGUCAUUGUCAUAAUGCCUUCCCUUGCUCCUUACCCUAACCGUGACCAUUAAAACUCAAUGCCUAACCCCAACCCUUACCCUACCCCUAACUUAAUUCUAAUCUGAACCCUAAAACCAAGUCUUAACCCUCAAACAGCAUUUUAAACAACAAAAUUGUCGGACCCCACAAAUAUAGUAAAACAGGCCCACACACAGACUCACAAGGUGAAAACAAUACCAGCCACGCUGUCACAGCUGGUAAAUAUUUGGCUUAACUGAGUUUGACGGUUUAUUCUUGACCUUGGAACCAGCAGUUAGCAAAACAGUCACACCACACAUACCACGUAAUUGCUGUUUUGGAGCUUUCGAGCAUAUCACAUGAUCUUCAUCAGCAGAUAGUUUUCUCUGUUGUAAUUUAAUUGUAGAUUUUCAAAUCUUCAUUUAUUCUCAGCACUUUAAGGACUCCUUACCCACGUUUGCAUUAAGUUUGAGUUGAAACUGCAGUUUCCAAGGUCAAGAAUGCCCUUGGAAACUCAGUUUCAUGGCAAUUAAGCAAACUCUGCUCAUGUGGAAUAAUUGAAAGCUUGGGGACAGCAACUAAAAGGACCUUAAGGUGAGAUUAUGUUGUCAAUACAGUUUCAUUUUUUUCUAAAAUAAAUAUAUAAAUAAGUAAAAAGUAAUUUUCUAAAACAGCUGGGCACUGUAGGUUUUAGCAAAUUUCACUCAAACAAGAGCAGUGCAUUUGUUCAGGACUAUUUUCAGCCAUGGAAAAAUACUCAUCUUCUCCUCAAGUAACUAUUUACAGAACCAGGACGUUCCAGGACUGUAUUCGGGAUAUUUCCCAAAUUCAUCAUGAACAUGUCACCCAGUGCAGCAAUGUGGCUCCCCAUUAAAAAAAAAAACUACAAAAUAAUAUCUUAAAUUGGUGGGCGCUGUGGUUUUUAGCAAACGUUACUGAAAUAAGUAAUGUUUGCUAAAAAUAUGAAAUUGCAAUUGACUUUUGAAAUGCGGUGCUACAGUGCCCAUGUUUAUUGUAAUUGGGGAUAAUAUCAACCAGUGCAACAAUGUAUUUGGUUGUGUUUUUAAUUGUUUUUGGACAACAAUGGAGGUCUAUGGUGCAGAGGAAUAAACUAUAUCAGGCUUUGUUUACACAGAAAAACACAAGUGUGGUCUAUUCAGGGCAUUUGAUGACCAUAAGAAAUAUGGAAUAUUCCAAGCUUUAUCUUUUAAAUGUGUUUGCAUGUGGAUGUGUGUGUGUGUGUGUGUGCGUAUAUCUGUGUGAGAGACUUUUUGACACCUUCCUCGCCAUGCUCAAAUCCGGUCAAGCCUCUUAAUCAUCUUUUGAGGCUUAAUGCCAAACAAACAUCCUGUAAACGUGACUUCAGAUAUUACGAGGAGAGAAAUAAGUUGCAUGCAAAUAACGGGGGGGGGGUGACAAAUAAAAGGAGCAAAUAAUGGAGAAGAAAGCACAGAAGAACAAAGACAUGGAAAAUUAUUCUAAUGAGCACAUGAUGAUAUGAAUUUAUACAACUACCUAUUUACUAGCACUGGACUAAUGCAUCAGAGGGUUGUUGACACAGAAUUGUUGGCUAAUAUUAUUAAGAUAUAUUUGUGUUGUUUAUAUGUGGUUAUACAGUAAUAAUGCAGUAAAAGGUAACUGAAUGGCAACAGUAUCAUCAUUAGUUUGCCACUAACUCUGCAGGCUCUGCAUCAUUAGCAGCAUGCUUUUUACAUUUUACUGUCAAAUAUUGGUAUCCAUAUCAGCCCUAAAAAUCCACCAUCAGCUGGGAUCUAUUCACACGAUGACCAAGGCAGCUUCCAAAGGUCCACCAAGCUUAGUACAGGGCUCCAAAUACAGUGAAGCACAGUGUAAUUACCAUGAACAUAAUUUACUGCACAUGUAGCCUUGUUUGGCUUCAUUGAGGCUGAUCCAAUAAGGGCAAUGUAGACUGUCAGUCUCUUCAUCUACAUACUCUAUGUGAAUUUACUGUGUUUAACGUAUUUCUAGCAUGAUAAAGAAACAACCCUUGAGCUCCGAGUGACAGCAAGAUACUGGCUGUUGUACAGAGCGCACAUACCCACACACACACUCUUACACACACAUAUACUGUAUGCGGCCUGUAGAUAUUUACACGGUGAUAUGUUAUACAUAUCUAAUGACAGUGUACAUUAAAUCCAGCCUGGCCUCUAAAGCAGUGUUGAGAAGCAUAACUACUGUAUGAAACCACACGUCCAAAAGCUGUUGUAGAGCAAUGUGUGUGUGUGUGUGUGUGUGUGUGUGAGAGAGUCCUUGUUACGACCUUCAAGUUGGUGUAAGUAUUUUAGCUUCACGCAACAAUUUUGAGCCAUUUUUCAACCUUAUGUGAUAUCUCUGCAGCACACCAAGUCAGUCUCUUUUUUUGUCUAUGUAAACAUUUGUGCAACAAAUUAUUAACGUCUUUUUGUUUGCAUAUAGAAUGUGAAGUAGUGCUCGCCAUAUAAGAUAAUGUAUAAGGAGUUAAAUGUAGAGAGUGUAUAAGCUAAUUUGCAGCGUAUCUAGUUAAGCAAUAAGUCUGUAGUAUCUCCCUUUAUAUGGCACUGGCCUGUAUAUGCUUUGUACAUAUGAAAAUACACGGACGAGAUCUAAGUACAUGCUCUGUACAUAGGAGAAUUAUGCAUUUGAAAUCCAACAGCCAUUGUUAUUUUUCAGAGAACAUGAAAUUGUUUUUGUACAUGAGUGAACAAUUAAAUUCAAAGGAAAACACCUUUAAAA